UCUCCUUCAAGUCCUCUGUUGACCCUCAACCCAUUUCUAGACUCAAAGGGUAUUAUUAGAGCAAAUGGCCGAUUGGUACAAUCGCCAGCCCUUACAUAUAGCGAACGUCACCCAAUAAUAUUACCACAUGGCGCAAAACUUAGCAAAUUGUUAGUCGAAUUCACUCAUAAGGUUACCUUACACGGGGGUAAUCAAUUAAUGACCCGAGUAUUAAGGUCCGAAUUCUGGAUAUUCGGACUCAAGUCGCUAAUCAAACAAACCAUACGAAAUUGUCGAAUUUGCUUAAUUCACAAAAAACAAACCCAAACUCAAAUCAUGGCGUCGCUACCACCCGAACGAACUUUUCUUUCUCGACCCUUUACAAACACAGGGGUAGAUUUUGCAGGACCCUUUAACAUUAAAAGUUAUUCAGGAAGAGCCUGCUUUAUUACAAAAGGCUACGUUUGCAUUUUUGUCUGUUUCGCCACUAAGGCUAUACAUUUAGAACCAACAAGCGAUUUGUCGACAUAUGCCUUUCUUGCCGCUUUUUCUAGGUUUAUUAGCCGGCGAGGUUGUCCGUCUUGUAUAUUUUCGGACAACGGAACAAACUUUGUGGGAGCGGUUGAUCUAUUAAAGCGAGAUAGACUAGCUUUCAUGAAGAAUAUUCAAAAUAGCACAAUUCAAAAUAAUUUCACUCAAAAUCUUACUUGGAAAUUUAUUCCUCCUGGUGCUCCGCACAUGGGCGGCUUGUGGGAAGCUGGCGUCAAAUCAUUUAAAACUCAUUUACGAAAAAGUAUCCCAAAAAUGAAUUUCACUUUUGAAGAAUUUACAACUAUUUUAUCAAGAAUUGAAGGCUGCCUUAACUCACGACCCUUAAGUCCUGCUAGCGACGACCCAAACGACCUUUCCCCUUUGACACCUGGUCAUUUCUUAAUAGGAACACCUAUUCUUACCCCAGCUGAACCAGACAUUUCAGAUACAGAUUUAAGCUUAGUCAAUCGUUGGAAAAGACUCAAAGUUAUUUCACAAUACUUUUGCAACAGAUGGAAAUUAGAAUAUCUUCACGAACUUCACAGAAGAACUAAGUGGAAAUAUGAAAAGGAGAACAUCAAAGAAGGAGAUUUAGUUGUCGUAAAAGAUGAUAGAUUGGCUCCGCAUGAAUGGAAGUUAGGUCGUAUCGAAAAAACGUAUCCAGGUAGUGACCAAAAUACCAGGGUUGUAGACAUACGGACGGCAAGUGGCAACAUUAGCAGACCCAUUACAAAAAUUGUCAAAUUGUUUUCCGACUGACUAGUCGGAUUCCCACUCAAAAAAGAAUUUAGUACUCGCCUCAAUUUCUUUUCAGAUAUGGCCGCUUACUUGCCCAACCAGGACUGCCGUCUAGACGAUAGCAGCCGUAGCCCGAACUCAAAUGCCCGACCAACAGCAAGAAGCGCCAAUAGACCCAUACGUCCCAGUUCCACAUCCCCUGAAAGACGUCAACGAAGCCGAUCCGACGCAAGACCCCGCCAACGCCAAGAAAGACCAAGCUACUGGCAAUAUUCAUGUGGGCUCUGCCAAGAUGACCAUGCCCUCAGUGCCUGUGAGAGAUUCCGCAGACAGACGCCCUUCCAGCGGUAUGAGACCGUGGAGCGUCGGGGGUAUUGCCGAAAUUGCCUGGCGAGAAGUCAUUUGGCCCCCGACUGCCCGUCUCUAACUGGUUGCCGGAGAUGCAACGACCGGCACCAUACCCUUUUGCACGGGGCGUCUCAAUUGGAUGAGGUAUCCCUGAAUAUAGAAGCCGUCACCACCCCAGCCUUCGCAUGGGAUUUGGUUUUUGUACCAACAGCGAUGGUACGCAUAACGGCCGAGGGCAUGGAGGGGUUUAGUAUGCUGCGAGCUAUUAUUAGCCAAUCUGCGACGAUGUCAAAGAUUUCCUAUGCAGCUUUCCGUCGCUUGGGUCUGCAGUCGCGGAACUACAAAGGGGAGCGAUUCACCACUUUCACCGUUUCGCCCCGCCGCACAAACUCUACAUGGCGUCUGAAGGUAAAUGCGCUAAUAAUCGAAGACCUGCCCAGACGCAUUUACUCAGACCCAAUACUAGAAGACCCCACUAGAUGCUUCACGAGCUACGCUUUAGCUGACCCUGAUCCCAGAGGAAAUAGUCCGAUCGAUGUGGAACUGGGAGCGGAUACGUACUCAGCCAUAAGGAAAGAUGGGUGUACAGCAGCUGGAAUUGGAGAUGUCCUGGCGUACAAUACUCAACUGGGCUACGUGUUUGCUGGGCCAAUCAAGAACAUGCCGAGGAACUAAAGACCGAGGAUCCUUAUGAGACAUAAAACAGUGAAGUUACAACAUAAAGAGCCAAACAACGUACAACAAGAAGGUGAAAUUAUGCAACGAAAGUUUUGAAUUCUAAAACCUACAAACUAAUUAAUUUAAGAAUAUAUUAACUUAAAACUAGUGAAUUGAAACUUAGAAACUAGUGAGUUAAAAUGUACAAAAAUAAAUAAACUAAAUAAAACUUAUGAACUAUUGAAAACAUAAAAUAAAUUGCAAAAACCUAAAACCUAAUGUUACAUCUAUAUUGCAAUUACCCCUGGGAAAAAAUCUAAAUAAUAAUAAAUAAAAACACAAAAUAAAAAACAAAACUAAUUUCUUAUUAUUUCAAAAGGC